CAGCUGAACCACAAAGAGUAGCAGAUCGGGAGAAGGUUUUUCUCACAGAAAUACUUCUGGCACAGUCUUUGGAGGAAGAAACAGCUGCGAAAAGGAAACCCCACCUUCAUUCUCUAUGUAAUCUGUCGGCGAAACAUCAGUCUUAGAGUAAAAUCAUCCUUGAUCUUCAGGCAGAGCCACACCCUGAGUUAAUCCUUGAUCAUCUCUGAUCCACAGACUGAAGACACGGGGAUCGUUCUCACCUGACAACAGGUGAAAGUUUCUCUGGCAAGAGGAAAAAUAGCUGUCCUAUAUCAGUGCUCACCUUUCCUGACUCAGGUCAGCUGCAGGAUUGUCCCACCUCUGUGACUGCAGGGAUGGACCAGAGGAGAUGGCUCCCGUUGGCUCUGACACUGCUUCCAGCCUGGUUUCUCCCUCUCUCCUAUGACUUUGGGCUUUUCAAUUUCCCCAGUUACAAUUUUGUCUCAGAGGAAAGAAGAAAAGGAGAAAAAAAUUUUGAGCUUAGCUCUCCCCAGAAUGUAGUUGGAAUUGUCGGCCAGGAUACAAUCCUUCCUUGCACCAUCUCUUCCACAAAGCCACUGGACAACCCUGAAGUGCAAUGGAAGAAGAUCACAGAUGGACAUCCAGAGGACAUCUAUACAUAUGGACAGUCUGGUGGUGAACCAAUGCAGAAAUACCAUGGGCGGACAUCAAUGCCAGGAGAUGGAUUUGCCACUGGGAAGGUGUCCCUGACGCUGAAGAACGUCCAGCCAGCAGAUGAAGGAAUGUACAGUUGCACUGUGACAUCCAGGGACUGGAGUGCUGACACAGCCACCGAGCUCAGCAUUGCAGGUACUGGGGAAGUGUUCCUUGAAAUUCUGGGCCCUCAAGGGCAAGGGCUCGAGCUUGGCUGUAGAUCACACGGAUGGUUCCCCGAACCUACUGUCCAGUGGGUGACUGAGGAUGGGCAGGGUCUGUUUGCAGACACUGAAAUACAGCAGGACAGUGAGAAACUCUUCAGUGUGUGGAGUCGAGUCACAGUUACAGGAGAGGAAGUGGGAAAAGUCACCUGUCAAAUCCUGAACCCCCUGGUGCAGAUGGAGAAGAAAACUAUUGCGCAUCUCUCAGGUGCUGCUUUUCCCCGUGUGUCUCCACUUGUCCCUGCCUUCUGGACACUACUCACUUUAUUCCUUCUCACAUUGGCUGCUGGUGCUGUUCUGGUAUUUCGAGAAAUGAAAGUGGUGGAAAAUACCACAGGGGCCCUGGAAUCCAUGUGGAAGAGGGACCUCCAUGAAGUCUCCCAGAAAAUUCAAACUCUGCAGGAAGAUUUCCAGAACAUGCAGCAGUCUACACAGUGUGACAUUCAGUUGCUCAGAACAGACCUGGAGAACAAACUAGAGCUUUUCAAAAUACAGUACUACAAAGAGAAGCAUAGAGGAUAUCGUGCAGUUGUUGUCACCCUGGACGCUGCCACAGCUCAUCCCGGAUUGGGAAUAUCUACAGAUGGGAAGAGAGUGGUAGAGGGAGGUUUCGGCAUGCAAGGUAUCAUCAGAGACUUCUCCAGCAAUGAGAAGAGAUUUGAUUCCCAUCUGUUUGUGUUGGCAAAGCAAAGAUUCAGAUAUGGGAGGCUCUACUGGGAAGUGUCUGUUCGGGGAAGAAGAAACUGGGCCUUGGGUAUUGCCCAGGAAUCUGUGACUCGCAAAGGGCCACUGACUCUGACCCCUAAGAAUGGCUUCUGGGUCAUCGGGUUGGCAGAUGGGCGAGACUAUUGGGCCUACACGGAUCCUCAGACCCGUCUGAGUGUGAGGGGGGAGUUGGAAGUCAUUGGGAUCUUCCUAGACAUCCUAGCCAAGGAGGUGUCUUUCUACCAUGUGUACGAUAAGGAAGCAGCUCUGUACACUUUUAGCAUUGCUGAUGGCAGCAGCCAGAGAGAUGAAUUCAUUCCCUUCUUCUCCUUAGGCUCUGCUACUGCAAACCAUGAUCCUCAGGCUCUGGUAAUAGUGUAGAUUUUUGAUGAUGUUCAAUAGUUUACUCCACAUUUCAAAGCUCAGUAAUGUACAGUCAGUGAUGAAAUCCCAUUGUAAUCAGGCUGCUGCCUAAUUUGUGUCUCCUGAACAAAGCUAAUGAAGGACAGGACAGAUCUCUCAGAGUGGUCUGCUCUGAGUUUUUUGCCUUAUGAAUCAGAGUGAAGAAUGUUUUGAGGGAAAUUCUAUGUGCUCAAGAAAAAUAAAUGUACUUUAAUGUUUGUAUGAAAAAAAGUGGUGUG